UCAGAAUUGCGUAAUGCCCGCACAGACGUCAGUCAUUCCAUGGCAGUGAUUUAUAAUUCGUCAACGUCAACUUUAAAAGAAGUAUCACCAAAACGGCGUAUAUAAAUCAGAAUUCGGUGCUGUUGUUGUUGUUACACAACUUGCGCCAAAGGUCCAUAACGACAACAGCAGCGGCAACGACGACAUCAGCUCGCCGAUCCAGCAUCAUCAACCGUAACGUCAUUGUCCGCUUCAGGGUCAGUAAUCUGCAUAUACGCUAAUCAUCAUCAUCAUUAAAACCCUCUAAAGCGUAAAGAAGCCAUUUGUAAAGCGGUAGCAGCCAUUUUCGCUAUUAUACACUUCCAACGCAACUAAGCUAAGGGUGGCAUUUGAGAAGUUGAAUAAGCAUCACCACCACAGGCAUUUCUCUUCGUCUUCGCAUUUCAUUUACUGAUUUCCAACACAGUGCAACAUAGUGGCGGCGGCAAUGACCCUUACCACUGCUACCCAACAGGAGAGUAGCAAAAAAAUGGAUGUUAAGUGUGCUGCUGAGGAGAAUUUACCAUCAUCAGAAAUGGAUCUUUUAGCCAAAUUAGAGGCAGCUAACAAGCUCAUCGAGAGCGAUGCGAAAAGUCUCAACUCGUUACAUUCAACGCAUAGUCGCAAAAAUUCGGACACAAGUCAAAUAAGUCUGAAUUCAAGUAAGUCUGGCAAUUCGAAUGCUGAGGAAGAUGUUUGGACGCAAUGGGCGACUAUACUGAGCGAUUGGGAGGGUGCACUGAAGCGUAAAAAUCCAUGUGUACGCGAUUUGGUUCGACGCGGCAUACCGCAUCACUUCCGCGCCAUUGUUUGGCAGCAACUAUGCGGCGCAUCUGAUACGGAUAAAAAACAAUAUGCCGACUACAUUAAGGCCACCUCGGCAUGCGAGAAGGUAAUCAGACGCGAUAUUGCACGCACUUAUCCCGAAGUCGAUUUUUUCAAAGAGAAAGAUGGCCCAGGUCAAGAAGCGCUUUUCAAUGUGAUCAAAGCCUAUUCGUUGCAUGAUCGCGAAGUCGGCUACUGUCAGGGUUCGGGUUUCAUCGUGGGAUUGCUUUUGAUGCAGAUGCCCGAGGAGGAGGCUUUUGCUGUGCUCGUGCAAAUUAUGCAACAACAUCGCAUGCGCGACAUGUUCAAGCCGUCAAUGUCGGAGUUGGGUCUGUGUAUGUAUCAAUUGGAAAAUUUGGUACAGGAGCAGAUACCGGAAAUGCACAUACACUUCCAGCAGCAGGGUUUCCAAACCACUAUGUACGCUUCCAGCUGGUUUCUCACACUGUAUACCACUACACUCAAUCUCAAUCUAAGUUGUCGCAUAAUGGACGUAUUCCUUAGCGAAGGCAUGGAGUUUAUAUUUAAGGUAGCGCUUGCGUUACUACUGCUCGGCAAAGAAACAUUGUUGUGUUUGGAUAUGGAGGCAAUGCUGAAGUUCUUCCAAAAAGAGCUACCCGGUCGUGUUGAAGCCGAUGCGGAGGCUUUCUUCAAUUUAGCCUAUUCCAUCAAGAUCAAUACAAAACGUAUGAAGAAAAUGGAAAAGGAAUAUCAAGACUUAAAGAAGAAGGAGCAGGAAGAAAUGGUUGAGUUGCGUCGUUUACGACGUGAGAAUCGUCUAUUGAAACAACGCAAUGAGCUGCUAGAGGCUGAGAGCGCUGAACUGGCCGAUCGUCUGGUGCGCGGGCAGGUCUCACGUGCCGAAGAGGAGGAAACUAGUUACGCUAUUCAAACGGAGCUCAUGCAAUUGCGUCGCUCCUAUCUCGAAGUGUCACAUCAACUGGAAAAUGCAAAUGAGGAAGUGCGUGGCUUAAGUUUACGUUUACAAGAAAAUAAUGUAUCAAUCGAUAGCGUAAGUAAUGCGCAGCCGCCGGUGAAGGAAACAAAGAACAAUUCACGUCAAUCAUCCAUUGAUGAAUUAUGCGUGAAAGAGGAAGCGCUUAAGCAGCGCGACGAAAUGGUCUCAUGUCUACUCGAAGAGUUAGUCAAAGUGCGUCAAAGUCUCGCCGAGAGUGAAGAUCAAAUACGUAAUCUCAAAUCGAAAAUUGAAGAACUCGAAGAAGAUAAGAAAACAUUACGUGAAACCACGCCCGACAAUUCGGUUGCACAUUUGCAAGACGAACUAAUUGCCAGUAAAUUGCGUGAGGCUGAGGCUAGCCUCUCACUGAAGGAUCUCAAACAACGUGUGCAAGAGUUGAGCACUCAAUGGCAACGUCAACUGCAAGAAAACAAAAAUGACCAUAGUCAACAGCCCGUGGAUUCGACGCCAAAGAAAUUGCUAACAAAUUUCUUUGACACUUCCAAAUCAAAUGAGCAUACGCAGCGUCUGGAAGAGGAGUUGAUGACCACGCGUAUACGUGAAAUGGAAACACUCACCGAGUUGAAGGAGUUGCGCUUGAAGGUUAUGGAACUCGAAACGCAAGUGCAGGUUUCGACAAAUCAGCUGCGUCGCCAGGAUGAAGAGACUAAGAAACUGCGCGAACAGCUAGAGCAGGCAGUCAGUCGCGAAAAGGAAAUGGCCAAUAAGGCGCGCGAACAGCAGCAUAGAUACUCUGAUCUGGAAUCUCGCAUGAAAGAUGAGCUGAUGAAUGUUAAAAUCAAAUUUACUGAGCAAAGCCAAACUGUUGCCGAGCUGAAGCAGGAAAUAUCACGAUUGGAAACGAAGAAUUCGGAAAUCUUAGCUGAAGGUGAACUACGUUCCAAUUUAGAUGAAUCUGACAAAGUGCGUGACCUGCAGGAUCGUCUGGCUGAUCUUAAAGCAGAGCUAACCGCCAUACGAAGUCGUGGCAAAUAUCCAACCAAUAAACUGCGAAGCGCCUCAAUACAAUCCAUCGAAUCCAACGAGAUUGACUUUAAUGAAUUGAAUAUGCGACGUGAGAGUGCUGCCGAAUUAUCAACAACAUAAUACACAAUGCAGCUGAGGAGUGGGACAAGUGCUGCUUGCUUCUAUACUCUUCCCAGAGACAUUAUCGCACAGCUGGCAUACUGAUAUUAAAUGGAUAUUAGACGCACAUGCCGUAUAGGAAAAGUAAACACACAAAAACUGCUACAUACAUACAUAUUAUCGUAAAAAGUAGUAAAUUCCAAAUUGAAAAUUAACUAAGAGUUAAAUAUGUUAAUGGCUUAUUAGUUUUAGGUAAGUUUAUGCAUGUGAAUUUGGCGCUUUUCAGCUACAUACAACUUAUUAUGUUUUAUCAUUUUUAUUGCGUGUUUUUUAUUUUGAACUUUUUUCUGCCUGCUUGUAUCUAUCUGGCAUACUAGCAAGCAGUUAUAUAAAUAACUUAUUUAUUGUAGUUUAUUAUAGCGACUAUACCAAUUGAUUAUUAUUAUUAUUAUUAUUAUUAUUAUUAUUGCAAUAAUUGUAAUUUAUAAGGAAUGUAAUGAAAGUGUGUGUUUGUAUCCUUGAAAGGUCAGCGCUAAAUCUCUGUUGUCGAAUAACGCUUAAUAUUUAGUUGCUUUGAAACUUAUGUAUCUACAAAAUUGUAGUUGUAAAAUUAUAUUGAAAAAUAUAUUUUUUAAACCUUGCACUCAUUAAAAUUUUGCAGCUUUCGGCAUUGAAGAUUUAGCGUUAACGCUUUUGAGAUUGCUUCUCUACAGCACGCAAACGUACACUUACCAAGUUACUGUAUUCAAGUAAAAAUUCUAGUUUUUAAAAGUAAUUGUAUUUAUGUGUAGCUAAUAUUGAAGUUAUAAGUAAAUCCGAAUGAAAAUGAAAAAUGGUAUUAAAAAAAGAGUUCGUAUGUAAAUGACGAGUUAGCUGAUCAUAAAUGGGAUGAAGUAAUGUUUUUUGCAAAAAAUUAUGGCACACGGUAAUGUAAUAAGCAGAAACGAUAUGAAACGAAAAUAUGUGUCUCAAAUUGGAACAAGUUUUUAUAUAAAAAUUUAACAUACCUACAUAUAUGCAUACAUACAUAUGUAGCAUUAAUUUAUAUAAAUUAUUUAAACAGGUAUUAUAAAAGACUAUGUAUGACACAUAUGUAGCUUUGAGGGGCAUUAUAAGGAGAAUACGUACAUAUGUACUAAGACAACUCACACUUACGUAGAAGUAGUUGAGACCAUUUUGGCAUUAAUCAUGACAGAAAAUUUUAGUAACUCACAUUAAGCAUACAUACAUACAUACAUAACUUAGAUGAUAUUUCAGGAGUGCUCGCUGUUAAAAUGUAUAUUGGCAUGCAACGUAAAUUAAGAAUUUUGUUUGCUUGAAAUCCUUAUGCAAAGUGCCGAGUUAUAUUUUUUGCCCUCCCAUAACAAAUUUCGUUGCGGUGGAAUCUAAAUAAUUUUUAAGAAAUUUAUGCACCGGCAACACAUGACUUAUUGAAUUUAUUUUCAUUUAUUGCGCGCGUGCUAUGUAUGCCUCAAAACAACUUGAAAUCAAUUUGGUUUUGUAGCGACCUCCAUCUGCAUAAUGAGCUGAUGUGUAACGAACGCCACAUGUGCUAGCGCUAUCAUUGUUUCUCAGUUGCGCUCGUAAUUCCUUCGGACCGCAGGCAAAGUGUAAAGUGGUCACUUCCUCAAAAUAGAUAUACGGUGUUUCUUUAUAUAUUCCAACUCUGCAAAAUCCGCUCUGAGAAUAGAACAGAGGAGUACUCCUGCUGACCUGCUUUACCAAGUGGAAUUUUUCAGUUUGUCACCUGUUAUUAAGCUCUAAACUUUAUUUUGUAUACAUAUUUAUAUCCCGCCAACGUUUCAAAAGUUUCACAGUACACUGGAGACACUUCUACGUAGCGAAUAUCCCUAUACGAAACAAAAUGCAGUAGUGUUUCAUAUAAGCGUACAUACAUACACACAAACAUAUUACAGGUAUAUUUCGGAAACGCACGUGGCCAAAAAGAACUAAAUUAUCUACUACCAAAAUUAAGAAAAUUAUAAACUUUUAAACAACAAAUACAGUCAGCAUGCAGAGAAAAUUUGUUGAACAAAAGCGCAUAUUGAAAUAUAAUUGGAAUUCUCGACUUUUAUGAAAGUUGGUAAUGAUUAUAAAUUGAAAAUGGAUCCAUAAUUAAAAAACAAACAACAAAAAUUUAAAUUAUAAUAUGUACAAUAGAAUUUUUCUUGCUACUAGCAAGAAAAUUAUUUCAGAUAAAAAAAAACUAGUAAAAUUCACUUUUUUUGUUGAAUAAUCUUUGACUUUCGAAAACUGUCACAGCUAUAAUAGCUUGCAGCAAAAAAGUAUUAUUUAGCUUUUGAAAAACUUUGCUUGUUCGUCCCUGACUAAGCAUGUGCCAAGCUCACAUUGCUAUGCAAAAUCUUAACCCGUACCGACUCUAAGAAAUUGGUUUUAAGUUUAGUUGGUUUGGUUUGUAUUUCACAGCCGUUGAAAAUAGAUAGCCCCGUAGAUUUUUGCUAAAAUAGGAAAAAAAGGAAUUUCAUGUAUAAAAAUUGCGCAAAAAAGCAUUAAAGCAACCAAGCAAAUCCUUGAUAAAUACUAUAAGGCCUAUGUUUCAUCAAUUUCAAUGGUUAAGAAGUGAUUUACUGAAUUGCAUUGUGGUCAUAUUAGCCUAAGCCAAACGUUCUGAAAGCAACGAUAAAAUCCUUGGAAUUGUAUCGGACGACCGGAUAAUCAAAGUACAUGAGGCUGAGGCUGUAGGUAUGUAUACCAACUGCAGACACAUCAUAUUUUACAUUAAUAGUUGAAGUUGCUAUCCUCCUGACGCGUGUCGCGAUUGCUCUUACUCGACCAUUAGCGUAACCGUGUGAUUAUUUAAAAUUUUUUUGCACCACAUACUCCAUAGACCAAGUAACAUUUAAAGCAGUGGACUUCUCCGGUUGAAAUGUCCCCUACGACUAUUUCCAGCUCCCAAUUUUGUAUGUUAAAGUUUCUGUGUCCAAUAAAAGGUCAGCACUAAAACAAACGUAUAUUUUAAGAACUUUGAGAAAAACUAUAAUGUAUUUGCAAGGGUAAGAAAAAAUUGAAAAACGCUGGGUAUGUUGAGAAAUACUAAAACGCUUUUUGAGACAAAAAAUGUCUUUCAUUCAAUGACUUAUUAAACUGUCCUCAUAAUAUCAAACAAAACAUUACGUAUUGUCUUGCUCUCAGCAUUCUGCAAAUCAAAAGUGAACUGCUAACAAAGUUGCUGCUUUUAAUGAACGAUUGUGGCAUUUACAAUUUCGAAAAAGAGAGGAUCUUAAGCGGAUUUAUUUUUCGUCCAUGAAACUAAAAAACAAAAACAAAUACCGAAAACAGCAAUGCAUGUACAUGCGAAAGCAAAACAAUCAAUUUCAUAUUGACCACACAGAUUAACUGCAACAGUGCAUUGCAGUUACAGUUCCAACUUUAGUUGUAAAAUUUUACUGCUAUUAUUAUUUAUAUAUUUUGACCAUGCAUACUUAAUUUAGUUUAAAGUGCAAUAUAUAUAUGUCCACGACAAAACGAAUUUUUAGUUUGAUAUACAUACAUACAUACAUACAUAGGUAUAUGCAAAGUUUUUAAUAAUUGAUUUUAUUUUUAAAUGUGAAAAAAAUAACUGCCGAAUUCUGUAUUGCGUUGUUAUUUUAACAAAAGUAUAAGAUAAGUUUUUGGCAUCGUUAACUGGAAAUUAUUUUAGCGCAAAAACAGUACUAUAAUUUCUUAGGCCUAGUAAGGAAGUAUACAAAACUAACGCACGUAGUUCAUAUUUACGAUAAGCGAAAGUUGAUGCACAAAUUAUGACUUUAUAGAAAAAUUUUGUGUAUAAGAAGUUUUAAGUUGAGUUAAGUGUAUAAUAUAUAAUAUUAUUUUCAAUAUUGUAUAUUUACCACACAUACAUAUAAAAAAAUGUUUAUUUAGCUACAAUAGCCUUUUAAUUUUUAUUUAUAAAAUGUCCAUAUUUUACGCAAAAGACGUCCGUAUAUUUGUAUUUUUAAAAUUUCUCUUUAAAUGUUUAAUGAACAUGAAAUAUACAUACGUAUGUAUGUAUAUUUGCAAUUUAUUUGUAUUCCUUAAACAAGUGUCGACUUGUAAAAAGCAAACAAUCUUGUUACCUUAUGUUGUUAAGUAUUGUACUUACACUUAUUAAAAACUGUUACACGAAAUUAAAGAAAAAAAUCGCUGCAACAUAUCUCUAAGCUUACCAGUAAAAGGUAACUAUUUAAUUUUUUUUAAGGAGAGGAACUUCGAUAAACUUAUGGCUGGUGAUUUUCCAUUCAUGCAAAAAUGUAAGACAUUCCUCGUAGCAGUUUUAAGAAAGUAAAAAACUCGAAUUCGGUAUUAUUUCAAAAUGCAAUUACAGUGGUGGCCAAAUAAAAGGGGACGCGGCUUUUUAACAAGUUUUGUAUACUUUUCUUUUGUUUAUUGUUUAUUUAUGAAAGUACAGCUCAGUAUCUAACAAAAAUUAUUUAAGUCCGAAUUUAAAACUUUGUUAAAAAAACUAGGAAAAUUCUACAAAAUGUCAU